UGUGAUAUUUUUAAUGUGUAAAUAUUUUAAUUUAAGAAGUAAUAAACUCAUUUUAUUUUAUUUUAAACGUUCACUUCCAAUCGAUCGAGCACGGCAUAGUAAAAAAGGUCAACCAUUUUGUAUGGAACAAUAUUAUCGAUUAUUUAGUUCAUAUCGUUAUCCAGGUAAAACUAAAGAUAUACUUGUAACAACAUCUGAACGAGAUCCAUUCGAUCCUGAACAUAUUAUUGCUAUUUAUUUAGAUCAG